UAGUCGUGCCCGUCCUAGUCGGUUCUACGGCAGGGAUUUCCGCGCUAUAUAAAUGCGUCCCUUCUUUUUCUACUCAGAUUCUACAAGUCUCCACACCUGCUGACCGUCCAGCUGAGGUGUUGCCGUCAUUCGAACGAGACGACGAAAGGACUUGCGUUUGACGUGUUUCUUCCAACUGCGUGCUCAGUUUCACCUCGAAUUCGUCACACUGCAACUUCUAUAUAACAUCUGGAGAUUUGCGAAGACAUGUUAAAUAACACGACCAAGUCCUUGAAUACGGUAUCAGAAGACCUUUCGGACAUUGAGGGGACCUUGAUCCGCUUUGAUCUACAGGUCUGAAGGAUCGGCAGCGACUCGCCCGAGGCAACGAUGUCCCGCCAUUAGCCUCGGGGGGACAACGGCAGAUCUUGCACCUCUCGCACUGUGACCGAACUGCGGGGACUAGAUGCAUUGGCCGGAAAGACCAAACGUGAGUGGGCCGACAUUUCCAGCGGUAGGGCAUCCCCCAGUGGCAGUACAUUCUCCGGCCUCGGUAUCUGUCCGGGAAUCGCAGGCAGAGUCCGGUUCACGAAGCAUAGGAUUAAAGGUUUGGGUGAAGCACCGGGCAGGGAAAGCGCGUCCAUCUCUUUGCGAACCUCGGGGACCGGGGGAGGGAUACUUGGUGCAGGGGGAAGAGCAAUCCGCUUGGCCCCGAUUCUACGGAAUGGGGAGGCGGUUUGCUUCCGGCGUUUUUCGCAGUGAGCCUUGAGACCGGCAGGGGACUCGACAGUCACGUGGGGUGUCUCCUCCAACGACUUUGCAUCUAGAUGCAGACGCACCUCUCCUUCGGCGAGAGGUUUAUCCGUCGUUACAAGGGCUAAAGGCGAGAUAUUGGAGCGUUUCAUAGGAUGUCUAGUAUACUGUUGGGGGAAUGAAAGUGUGUUUGUGUGUGCUCAGGAUGCGCUGCAGCCUUUAAGGCCUGUUCGCGGAUCGAGUGCCACGACAGAUCGCUGUUCUGGGCCCAAAAGACAUUGAGUAGAGAGAUGUGGCGAUGUUCAUCGAGCGGUACAUUUGUUGAAAAAGACUGCAACGGUUGGGUCCCCUUCUUGUUCAAUCAUAAUUCAUCAUCGGAUCCUGGCUCCUAGCGACCAACUUAAUCAGCAACUCGCUCAAAUCCAAAGCCCGAACAUAAAUCAUCGGCUUUGAUCUUGGUCUAGAGCCGAUGCAAAGACGAUUAUCUGUUCAAUGUUGGGAAGUGGGUUGCAGUGAUACGCAUUUCGUUAUCUAAUCCGUAUAUCAAGGCAUUAAUUACAUAGCCACAUAUUCAUCAAUCUGCUAAACUGCACGUGAUCGUGUAUCAUGGCACGACUUGACCUUGCACUGGAAUUUACUUGAACUUGAGACCCACAGCUACCUUGCUUUCUUCGGCGCUUAUUUUCUCGAUGUCUCCAACGGUCAACCUUCCAAUUCCUCCGCCUCCGAGCGCUCAGAUUGCAGCGCCUCUAACUCAACCUCCGCUAAAUGAAGAUCAGUUGAAAAUGCAAGCCGCUGUGCAAGCCCAUUUCGAAGACCCGUCGUAUCUAUUGACAGGAAUAGAAUCCACCGACAAGACUCUCAUGGAUGUAGAAAAAAUGUGGCUCUCGUAUGAAUGUAUCCUGCGGUAUUUGCGCGCUUCAAAGUGGAAGACUGAGAUCGCCGUCCGGCGGCUAGAAGAAACUCUUUUGUGGAGGCGAGAAUACGGUGUCUACGAUACUGUCACGGCAGAUCUAGUUGCACCUGAGGCUACGACCGGUAAACAAAUCUUGCUAGGAUUCGACGUGCACGGCCGUCCGGGAAUGUACCUUCUUCCCUCUCGACAAAACACGAACGAGUCACCGCGGCAAAUCCAAUUCGUGGUGUGGAUGCUCGAGAGAUGCAUCGAGUUGAUGCCAGCAGGUGUAGAGUCAUUGGACCUCCUCAUCAACUAUGCUGACAAGGCGAAGAACCCCUCUUUCAGCACGUCUAAAUCAGUGCUAAACAUCCUCCAAACUCAUUACCCCGAACGACUUGGCCUGGCGCUAAUCAUCAACGUCCCUUUCCUGCUCAAUGCAUUCUACAAGAUGAUCAAGCCAUUCAUCGACCCGCUUACAGCGACCAAAUUGGCGUUCAAUCCCAAAUUAUUCGAGGACAAGAUCUUCACUGAAGAUGUGGUCAUGUCCGAGGGGUGGGGCGGAAGUUACAACUUUGAGUACGUUCACGAAAAGUACUGGCCGGCACUUGUUGCCAUGUGUGAAGAGCGCAGAAAGCUUUGGACCGAGACGUGGGUGAAGCUCGGGGGGAAGGUCGGAAUCAAGGAAGUCGACUACAAGGCGGAUGUUCCAGCUGAUAACGUUGAGACUGGGGGCGAGGUGUGA